GUUGAAGGCUGGUGGUUUGAUUGCAUUUGCGUUAUUUCCUUUUAUUUUCGAACGCUGCUGGGUGAUUUAUUUAUCAUACACAAUGCGUGAAUGCGGUUUGUUUUAAUGAAAAGCUCAGAAGAAGGGAAUUUCUGCUUGUUUCAGUUGGAACUUACAUCACUUGCAGAUUACUACUUCAUUUUGGAGGUAUGGACACACAUGCAGUCCUACAAAGACCGCUCUUCUCCUCCGCAGGUAGCUAGUUCUCCUCUCCUAUCGGGCUGCUCCCCUCACCAGAACUUUGGUCAAAACUACCAGAAUUUUAAAGUCCUCUUUAGCCCCCUCCCCGCCCCAGCUAGACCAUCCUGAAGGGGCAUAAUGGGGGAAAGGCGAGCCCGUUCCUUUCACAUGACUUGCCAUGUGCAGCGGGACUAUGGCAGCAGGAUGAGGAGCUCCUUCAUACGCUGCAGCCCCAAUGGAUGUGCCAGCUCAAGCAUCAGCCUCAGCCUAGACCAGGAGAUGGACCUCGCAGCCUCCACUGGUUCCACCACCGGCUGCGGUGCCCUGCCGGUUCCCGCAUCUGACAUCGGCCACUACUCCCCAGUAUCCCUGGAACUGGAUCCCCUUGCAGUGAAUAAUAGAUCAGGUUUUCCCUGCUUACCUCCAGCUGACACAAAGGAUCCGGACUUGCAGAUUGUACACAGCCAACCGUCUGUUACCCCUAUCCCACCACCUCUCCCUCGCUCCAGUUGGCUGCGCCAUCAUCAGAAGGAGUUCCAGAGUCCUUACAUUAAGACUAGCAUGCAGGGGGAUGUUUACAACUUUCUAGAAAGACCUGCGGGGUUGAAAUGCUUCCUCUACCACUUUCUAGUCUUCCUCAUGGUCUUGGUGUGUCUUAUCUUCAGUGUUCUGUCAACAAUAGAACAGUAUGCAGAAUUUGCUACAGGAACGCUCUUUUGGAUGGAGAUUGUGCUGGUGUUGUUCUUUGGCACGGAGUACGUGGUCCGGCUGUGGUCGGCAGGCUGCCGCAGCAAAUAUGCAGGCAUCAACGGACGCCUCCGCUUUAUCAGGAAGCCCAUAUCAAUCAUAGAUUUGAUAGUUGUCAUUGCCUCCAUCAUUGUGCUCGGUGUGGGGUCAAAUGGACAAGUGUUUGCCACAUCUGCCAUCAGGGGCAUUCGUUUUCUGCAGAUUCUGCGCAUGCUGCAUGUGGAUCGACAGGGGGGAACAUGGAGGCUGCUGGGAUCUGUUGUCUUUAUUCAUCGACAGGAGCUGAUCACCACCCUGUACAUUGGCUUUUUGGGUCUGAUCUUUUCCUCCUACUUUGUCUACUUGGCGGAGAAGGAUGCUGUGGAUGAGGAGGGCAAAACAGGCUUUUCCAGCUACGCUGAUGCCCUGUGGUGGGGCGUGGUGACUGUCACCACCAUCGGAUAUGGAGACAAAAUUCCUCAAACGUGGAUAGGGAAGGCCAUUGCCUCCUGUUUCAGUGUCUUCGCCAUCUCUUUCUUCGCUCUACCUGCUGGAAUUUUGGGUUCAGGAUUUGCCCUCAAAGUUCAGCAGAAGCAGAGACAGAAGCACUUUAACAGACAAAUCCCUGCUGCAGCCUGCCUCAUCCAGACACUCUGGAGGUGUUACGCUGCAGAGAAACCAAACGGCUGUGCUGCUACAUGGAAAAUGUACAUUUUAACUCCAGAGGGCGUGGCCGCAGCGCAAGCUGACAACAGCAGCCCUAGCAUCAAGAAAUUGAACAUGACGAAAAAGGGGACUAAGAGAAGGCUUAAGUCCAAAGGCACCGGUUCUUUGGGUGUUGCCUCAGAGAGGGCUGUGUCGAUCCCUCAAAUCACCUAUGAUCACAUUGACGACUCAUCGGAAAAGAAGGAUGUCUCAUUUUUCAUCGAAGAGCCAAGGGGGACAACUGAAGGUUUUUCAAAGGAAGCCUGCUAA